GCCUGUGCUCCUUCCCAGCUGGGGCUGAGGGCCAGGGGCGGGGCAACUCUGGAAAUAAAGUGGAAGGAGGGCUGGGCUGAGCCGGGAAGUGUUGAAAAUCUAGGAGGCUGAGAGAGGAGGCCCAACGCUGUCCAGCUGACGAGGAUGGAAUACGCCAUGAAGUCUCUCAGCCUUCUCUACCCCAGGUCCCUCUCCAGGUAUGCAUCGGUAAGCACCUCGGUGGUGACACAGCAGCUGCUGUCGGAGCCCAGCCUGGAGGCCCCCAGGACCCGGCCCUGCAAAGUAAGCACCGCUGACCGGAGUGUGCGGAAGGGCAUCAUGGCAUGCGGGCUUGAGGACCUCCUCCUCAAGGUCCGGGACACUCUGAUGCUGGCAGACAAGCCUUUCUUUCUGGUGCUGGAGGAAGAUGGCACAACUGUAGAGACAGAAGAGUAUUUCCAAUCCCUGGCAGAUGACACCGUGUUCAUGGUUCUUCACAAGGGGCAGAAAUGGCAGCCCCCAUCACAGCAGGGCACUAGGUACCAACUCUCCCUCUCCCAUAAGCCUGCCAAGAAGAUCGAUGUGGCCCGUGUAACCUUCAACCUGUACAAGGUGAACCCACAGGACUUCAUUGGUUGCCUGAACAUGAAGGCGACUCUCUAUGGUGCCUACUCCCUUUCCUACGAUCUGCGCUGCUUUGGGGCCAAACGUGUCAUGAAAGAAGUUCUUCGCUGGGCCAUCUUUGGCAUGCAAGCCUCAGGCCACGUGCUGCUUGGCACCUCCUGUUACCUGCAGCGGCUCCUGGAUACCACUGAGGGGGAACAACCCACCAAGGGCAAAGACCCAUCCCUCAUCCCGACCUGUCUGAAGAUACUGCAGUGAAAGAAUAGCCAAGGACUAGAGUUGGCAUCCCAUGCUCAGCUGGUAGCAUCCACAAGACUGGCAGCUAGAGAGCUUCUCACCAUCCCACACCCCCUGACCCCCACAGGACCAUGAAUGAGGAUGCAAGGGGAAGGGCUGGAAAUCUGGGCUGGGUUGGCCAAAGGAAAACUGAGGGUUCUUGGCCUGGUCUGUCUCCUUCCUGCCUAGGUAACAUAGCAGACCAAGAUUGUUCACCAGCAAGCCAGCCCUCAGCAUGAAGGCUGCCCCUCAGUAUGAAGGCUGCCCCUCAGCACAAAGGCUGCCCCUCAGUACGAAGGCUGUCCCUCAGCAUGAAGGCUGCCCCUCAGCAGCCCACCUUCACAUGCUGCACUUUCAUUACACGGCCUACCUCCUGGCCUCCCAUCCCAAAGGCUCCUGAGUGAAUUGCCAAUCCACUAGGGUAUGCUAUUAAAGAGUUCAUAAUAAAUUACUUAUGCUGAUA